AAAAAUACGUACAGAAAAAUCACACGUACAUGGACACAACAUAAUAUAACAUAACAUAAAACAGCCGUCAGUUUAUUGAACUUGUAAUAAAAUUAUUAUCGUUGAAUAAAAGUCCUGGCUUGGGGACGAUCGUCGUCGUCGUCGUCACAAUUACAAGAACGGUGCUGCGUAUUGUUAUAUUAAAAUAUCGCGCGCGUAACUCUACGUCGCCAUUGGUAUGUUAUAUGUACGGACCCUACGUACCAAGAGGAAGGAUCGUUGAUUCGUUAAGCUAAUCUGGAAGUAUCGAUUUCGCGUCCGAGAUAAUACUAAACCUAUCGAUAUUUAUAUAUAAAAACAUAAAUGUUUUUUUAAAAAAAAUAAAACGGAGUAAAAGAAGGAGAUAAAGAUACAAAAGAUCAUUUAAUAAAAUGAUUAAAGAAAAAGGUUGUAGUGUUGAUGAUUGAAUGGUUGAUCAUUGAACGGCAAGUCAUCGGCAUCGCCGUAAAUAUUGCCGUCAACUCAUCGCCGUCGUAGCUAAGCUGUGUCCUCGUCCUCGUCUUGGUCUUGGUCGUCUUGGUCAUCGUCAUCGAGUCGACAACCUGUUAUCCCUGCGUGCCAGCGGUCCCGCCGCUCUCUUGUCAUGGAGAAUCACGAAUACAGUGGGUACGGCGAUGAGCCGCGUCGCAAAAGAGAAGACAAUAAUAAACCGAAUCACGUAUUAUUGUUUACAAUAAUCAACCCAGUUUAUCCAAUAACAGUCGAAGUACUGCACACAAUCAGUGCCCCAAGUGGACAGGUACAACGUAUCGUUAUCUUCAAGAAAAACGGCGUUCAGGCUAUGGUCGAGUUUGACUCGGUAGAGUCAGCAACGCGGGCUAAAGAAGCCCUUCACGGUUGUGACAUUUACUCGGGUUGCUGCACACUGAAGAUUGACUUUGCCAAGCCGACCAAGCUUAAUGUAUACAAGAAUGAUGCCGAGAGCUGGGACUACACGACACCAGCACUGGGUGCAGUGGCUCACCAAAAAGAACCAAACACCAACGGACGACCGGCGCCGCUUCUUGCUGAACCGAGAUAUGGAGCAGCACCACAGCCAUAUGGCUCGACGCCACAAGUGGGCUUUCCACCCGGGCACGAUCGCUACGAGGAAAGCUUCAAUGGACCCGCAACGUAUGCGGAACCUUAUGAGAGGUAUGGGUUAAAGGGUGACUUCAGUGGCCGAGAGCCACUUCAUCCGUCUCCAGCUAGACCUGGUUAUGUUCCAAGUCUCGGACAAACGCCGCCGACAAGUACUCAAGGCUCAGUUAUGAUGGUUUACGGUCUACAAGCUGACAAAGUAAACACUGACAAGCUCUUCAACCUCUUCUGUCUUUACGGCAAUGUCACUAAGGUGAAAUUCUUGAAGACAAAGGAAGGAUGUGCCAUGAUUCAAAUGGGUGAUAGUAUUGCCGUGGAACGGUGCCUACAAAAUUUAAAUAAUGUGACAAUUGGUACUGAAGGUAAACUUCAACUCGGCUUUUCAAAGCAGGCCUUUCUCGCUGACGUAACAAACCCUUACGUAUUGCCGGAUAAAACUGCCAGUUUUAAAGACUUCACUGGUAGUAAAAAUAACAGAUUCUUAAAUCCAGCAAUGGCUAAUAAAAAUAGAAUACAGCCACCGUCAAAAAUAGUUCACUUCUUCAAUACACCACCAGAUCUUACCGAGGAAACAGUUAAUAAUGUAUUUGUCGAACGUGGAAUAGAAACACCUUUAACUAUAAAAUUGUUUCCACUCAAGUCAGAGCGCUCGUCCUCGGGGCUUAUUGAAUUCAGCAGCGUAGGAGUUGCCGUCGCUGCGAUAAUGGAGUGUAACCACACAGCACUAGAGAAUAGUAAUGGCAAGUUUCCGUACAUCAUGAAAUUGUGUUUCUCAUCAUCACGUACGAUACCAGCAAACUUUCCACCAGCCGGUGCAAGUGCCAAUGCAUCAAGUGAUUCACCCGGUAAUGGGCACGCUAAAAUGCAACAAGAUUCAGAAUAGAACGUCGAACUCCAGGGCCAGCAUCAGCAUAUCAGCAGCAUCCGUCAUCAACAGCAGCAGCAACAGUUUCAUCAUCAUCUCCAUCAUCAACAGCAGCAGCAACAGCAUCAACAACAGCAGCAGAAGCAUCAUCAGCAGCCGCAGCAAUAUCAUCAGCACAAUCAUCAUUUUCGUCAUCAUCGUCUCUCACAAGGUCAGGCACAGGGUCAAUAUGGCCUACAUGAAUUAUGUGUCACGGUAGGAACAGCCGUGCAUCCCCAAACAGCCAUAGCUUUAUCUCCCGUUUUACCACCGCCACUUCCUCCUUCCUGUCACCUUCUUAUCACCACACCGAGUAUCUAUUCAGGCGUACAGAGGGUGUCUCAUCAACCGCCCCCACCUCCUCCUCCUCCACCCCCACCCCCACCGCCAACUCCCGGUGCGCCGGCACUUCCGACCCCUACGGCAUUAGCACCACAACCGUCGCUUCCUCCAUUAUCGUCACAGCCGCUGGCCGCUUUCUGGCCCUACGGAUAAGAGUAUCGGAAUUUAAACUUUCUGCUGUCAAACAGAAGGAUUAAAAAAAACGUAAAUAAAAAUAAAAUAGGAAAAUAAUAAUAAUAAUAACAAUAACGAUAAAAAUAAAUUGCAUAUAAAGAAAUGUAGAAGCAACAAAAAAGAUAUUAAAAAUAAGAAAGUGUAGAUGAAGAAAAAUAUAAAUAAACAAGGCUGGACCAACUAUAUCCAGACGUAGACAUGCCUAGAGGUCCCUCGUCCCGUUUUUUGAUUAAUUAGUAUUGCCGUGGUUCUGGUUAGUUUUGAUAACUCAUCGAUUUAUUAUUGAACGGGAAAACAUCACAAUUAUCAUAAUAUAAAGUGUGAUAGAUUGCCACAAAAUUUUAGAAUUGCGUUUUUUUUUCUCAGAUACAUAUCAAAUCACGUGGCAAUUACGUUUGCUGAUUAGACGAUUUUUUGUCGUUUAUAAUAUUAAUAUUACUAAUAAUAAUAAUCUAAUAAUAACAACAACGAAUGUAUGACUUUUCUUACGUUCGGGCUCUACUCUAAUGACGUCAUCUUAACUAUUGUUUGCUUUAAAUGAUAAACACCUGAACCACGUGCUAUUAAAUAUAAAAACUGCCGUGUUUAUAAUCAUUUAAAUAACCGUCCAGGAUUACUUCGACACGGGGAAAUAAAUAAAUGAAUAAUUAAAUUUAUAAAUAAGUUAUGAUAAUAAUAAUAAUGGUAUAUUGUCAAGUAAUGUUGGAUUGGUAUAUUUAAUUGGUUAAACUGGAUUUAGAACGAUGAUUACGCGACUUUACGCGAUGUAUUUUUGGAGCCACCUCUAGUCCCCGAUACUGCGCACCAUUUCCGACGAUAAUUGCCGCUACUCAUUCAUUUACCCGCAUAGUAUGCCGAUAGAUUUAUUAAUCAAUUGAUUCAUUAAUUUAUUUAUCCAUCUAUUAAUUGAUUACUUUCAUUAUUGUAAAUUACCAAUUAAAUAAUAAUUUUAAAAAUAUUUCUUUUUGUAUAAAAAAAUUCGACAGUUUAUUGAAACUCUAUUUUAUAGACGAGCUUACAUCAGUAAGCGGCAGUAAAUCGUCGUGACUUUUAUGAAUUUUAAACAAAGAAAAAAAAAAAAAAUUAUAUAAAAUAUAUCUUCUUGACUGCUAUAUUUAAGAACAAUAAAUUUAAUCUUAUCACUGGCGUUCACACAUGCGGUGGGCUGUAGUGUUCAGAUUUCCUAAUAACUUUCAAGUAAAUAAUAAAUUAAUAUUAAUAAAAGUAUAUAAGUAUAUACUCGAUACUAAAUUCUUUAUUCGAUUUAUAAUCACGGAUCGAAUCACGGACUGUGAAUUGAAUUUUAUAUACUAAAAUAAUUAAAAAAUUACCUUGAACACAACAUGAUAUAAUUAGUGUCUCUUGGCAAUAUUUUGUCGGGUCAAGAGAUGUUUUUAUAAUAAAAAAAAAAACAAAAUAAAAUAAAAAAAAUAUAAUAAAUGAAGCAGGUUUUAGAUCUCGGAUAAAAAAAAAAACAUUUUUUGAUUAAAAGCGAACCAAAUGACAACGCUAUCAAUUAAAUUCUUCUAAAUUACUCUAUAAUUGCUAUAUAUAUAUAAAUAUAUGAGAUAUCUAUUAACAAUAAAUAAAUAAUGUAGACGCAACUCGGCCAUGCAUUAUAUUUAAAUAAUGACUACAAAUAAUAAUAAUGAUAAAUAAUAAAAGUAAUAAUUAUCCGGGCAUUGCAUACCCCCAUGAGACGUAGACAGAAAAAAUAAAUAAAAUAUCACCGGCAAUUAAUGUCCACUGAUCGUGCAAGAGCAUGAGAGAUGAUGAGUGAUUGCGCGUGUAAAAUUUAAAAAAAAUUUCAAAUGAAUUAAUAACAGAGUAAGAAAGUGGAAUUUAUUAUUAAGAGUAAUAAUUUAAAUAAAUGAUUGACGAUUUAAAUAAAGAACAAAUUUAUAUGUGAGGCAGGUGUAAAAACAAAUAUAUAACUAGAGUAUUUGAUAAAAAAUACAUAUGAUAUUGUAUUGCAGAGUUUUUUUUAAAUUAACGUGUAAUGCAAUAUGUGGUCUGAUGUAUGUACAUAGAGAGCUUCAACGAUGAUUCGCAAUGAUUUAAAUGAACGGAAUUGUUUUGGAAAGUGCUUAAGUAGCCUAAACAAAAUAAUAAUAAUAAUGAUAAAUAAUAAAAGUGGUAAUUUUAAAAAAAUAAUGGACUAAAUAGAAAAGUAACACGUCGUCCCACGGACGUUUACAUACGCUUUGUAUUUUCUAUUAUCAAUUAAAUUUUAUUACUUUUAAAUAUUAAAACCAAUCUUAUUAAAUAUUAUUUUAUUUUUCGCGAUUAAAUCAUGAUAAUUAUAAUAAUAAUUACUAAUUAUUAAUUAUAUUUUUAUUUUUGAUUUUUAAAAUUAAAUUACUACACAUUUGUAAGUGUAGAAUCAUAUCAGGUUAGUAUAGAUUUAAAUGAGAAAAAUUAAAAAAAAAAAUUAAACAUGUAGACAUCCAGCGAAUUUUUAAUUAAUGAGUAAAAAAAUAAUUAGAUGGCGAGAAUAAUGUCAUAUCGUAAGUAAUUGUAGGUGUAAUGUGUAAAAAAAAUUAAUUAGGAGUUUUGGAAUUAAAUCGGGAGUAUCGUCAUUAUUAUUUUAUAAAUUUUUAUUUUAAAUACUUUACCUGUAAUUAAUUUUUAUUUAUUCUUAUUUUAAUUAUUAAUUUUUUGACGGAUUUAUUAAUUUAUAAAAAUAUUAAUAAACAAAAAGUUUCUUUCGUUUUUUUUUGUUUUAUCGAGUAGAAAUAUCGUUUGGAUACGGCUGUGAGAAAUAUACUUUGGCAAAAAUAUAAUUUUUUUGAAAAAAAACAAAAUAAUAAUAAUAAUAUAAUAUAAUAUAUAUAAAUAAAUAUAUAUAUAUAUGUAUAUCCUCGAUUUACAAUUCACACGACAAUAUAUCAUUAAUUAUCACUAACACUUAAAUAUCAAGUCAGUUGGAAAUAAUAUUUUAUAAAGAAUUUUUAAACAUAAUAAUGAGUCAUGAUAAUGGAAAGUUUUUUAGCAACUGAUUAUCAUUAUUAUAAUUAUCCAACAAUCUGGCUUAGAUAUUUUUACGUGCCAGAUUAUUUUAAUCAAUCAAGUAAGAAAAAAAAUAUACUGAAAUAAUACAAGCAUACAUUAAUCAAUUAAAGUAAUUAGAGAAAAAGAAAUGUCGAUCAAUUUUUUUUUCCUCUUCUAUUUAUACAAAAUUUAAAUAAAAAAAAAAAAACUGCGUUUAGCAAUGAAAAAAUAAAAAAAUAAUGUAAAUUAUUUUAAUUGACUUAGUAGUUGAGACGCUUAAAUGAUACCCUCGUGAUUAAAUCACGUUGAGAUGCGAAUAAAAAUAGUGGCGGUUUUUAUCAAAGCGCGUCUACUUUUAAAUAAAAAUUCAAAAGCCAAAAAAAAAUAAACUGAAAUGAAAAGUAAAAGUAAAGUAUAAAUAAAAUAAAAGUAAAGUAUGAAUUUGAAAUUUUUAAAGUAAAAAUAAAAUCUGCACAUUAGACUGUCGCUUAUUUUCUGAUAAAUAAAUUGUACAUUAAUUUACUAAUUAAUUAAUUAAUUAAUUACUAACAUUUAAAAUUUUUAGUCUACAUUACAACGAACGUUUGCAAUUAUUUUAAAUCCGAUAAUUUUAAACCGGAUUUAAAUAAUAGUAUGGCGGGAAAAUAAAAUGAUUUUUUUAAACGUAAAUUAUUUAAAUAUUUAAUUAAAAUAAUUAUUUGCUAAAUUACGAGCCAUUUAAUAUUCAAAUAAAUAAUUAACGUUAAAAAAAUACCAUUAAUUAUAUUUUAAAUGAAUUGUGUAUCCGUUUGAUUAACGAAAUUUUAUUUCGUUUAAUUAUUCGUCUGUUGACGAGUAUUGAGUUUGCAUUUGCUUUCAUUUUAUUUAAAUAAUAAUUAAUAUUUAAACAAAUAAAAGACAUACCGAAAGAUAUUAAACUCUAUAUUUAAACAGAAAAAUAAUAAAAUUAAAUUAAACGAGCGCGUAAAUUUAAAUGCGCUGUAACUAAUCAAGACUAUACCAUACACCGGUAGAAAAUUUAAGUCAAUAAAAUAUUUAACUAAAUUGCCAAUUAUUAAAAACAUCCUUUAUUUUUUAUUUGUUCUAAACGUUCAAUAUAUAUAUAUGUAUAUAUAUAUAUAUAUAUAUAUGUACACAUGUAUAUGUAAAUAUAUACAUAGUAAUAAUCAUUAUAUUUUUGUUCAAAUUACGAUGGAUUAUUUGCAGUAUUAAGCAAUCAUCUUCCGGUGAAUGGAAUACAAAUUAUGUACAAAAUCAAAUCUUAUUGUAUUUAAAAUAAUCUGAUACAUAUAUGACAUAUAUUAAACAAAUAAAAAUAUUCACACACAUAUACAUUAUACAAAUAUAUAAAUAUACACAGGCGUAUUGUAAUUGUAAUAAUAAUGAUAAUUAAAAAUAGAAAAAAAAAAUAAAUAAUCAGACAGUAAGAAAAUUUUUGAUGUCUGUAAUAUUUAUCAAGGUUGUAAGAACAAAAACAAAAUGAUUUAAACUGUGUCGAUAAUUAUUCUAAAAAAAGCGGGCGAAAGAUUUUUAUUUAAAAAAAAAAAACUAAUGCAUAUCCCAUCUAUGUGUAUAUAUUUGAAGAAAGAAUAAGUAAUGUAUGGUACACUUUUAUCAAAUGAUACUGUAGUAAUCUAUUAUUUAUAAAUUCCAAUUUUUUAUAAAAAAAUUGGAGUAUAUACUUACAUUAAUUAAUUAAUUAAUUGAUGGACAUUGCGUCUUAAAAAAUGAAAAAAGAAAAAAAACAAUGGUAUUAGAAUUAAUGUCUUGUUAGUAAUUAGUAUAGAAAAACAUAUCGCUAUUAUUAUAUUAUUAAUCAUGAUUUAUAUAAUUUAAUUAUUAAUAAUUGAUUUCUAUUAAUUAAUAAUUAUUACGAUUGUUACAAUGUAUUGUCAUUAUUGGUUAUCAUCUUCAUCGACAGUUGAUUAUUAUUGUUCAAUUUAUAAUUUAGUUAUCAAUUAUGUUUGUAAAAAAAAUAAUCUAUUUUAAAAUUGUAACGCUAAAGCGCAAUAUUGCUCGACAUACGUCACAAUUACUCGGAUAAUUAAAUUUAUUAUAGCUAUUAAAUUCUUAAUUACAUGUUUUAAAUCUUCUUAAUGGUAAUUUUAAUAUUUUAUUUCAACACUUAAUCACUACGGAUUAUAUAAAUUACACAGCUACAUAUAUAGAUAUAUAUAUAUUAGGGGUGGACGAAUAGUUCAAAUAUACAAAUUAUUCGUAUCGAAACAAAUAAAAUAAUUCGAAAAUAUUCAAAUUGUUCGUAAAUUUUCGAAUAAUUUGUAAGCUUUCGACCUAUUCGAAAAUUUUUUUUGAACAGAAUUAUUCAAAAACUUUCGGAUACUUAUAAAAUUUACGAGUAAUUCAAAAAGUUACGAAUAAUUUGGAAAGUUUUGAUCCGAACUCGAUUCGUACAUCCCUAAUAUAUAUAUAUAUUAGGGUGAGCCAAAAAAACCAACCUAUCGAAUUUACGUCUUUAAAAGGACCUAUAUAUCUAGAAAAAAACUCUCCCAUCGGGCGAAAUUUUUAGCUCAAUUUUAAAAGGUGUCGGUAGCCAUUUGAAAUUUCCCAUUUAAAUAACAUGCAAAAAAUUUUUUUUUAUUAAAAAUAUUAUAACUUUUGAACCGUGUGAGAUAAAAAUUCGGCUCUCGAAUAUUCUUGUAUGGCAUUAAAUUUCUUUAGAAAAAGUCCUGGGAGUCGAAUUUGUAAACUUGAUAUUUCGUAUACUAACAGGCCAUCAAAGUUUAGAAUAAACAGAAUCAUACAAAUUUAAGGCUUUAUUUGGAUUUUCCAAAUACUUUUCUUUUAUUGUGAUAUCGAUCACAAUAACAAUCGUUGUUAUCGAUCGAUAACAAAUAUUAUUUGUUACAACGUGGAUAUUGUUGGUGAUUUCAUUGCAUUACAUGUAGAACAAAUUUUCUUUUAAAAUUGAGCUAAAAAUUUUGCCCAAUGGGAGAAUUUUCUUUUCGAUAUAUAGGUUCUUUUUAAGACAUAAAUUCGAUAGGUUGUUUUUUUUGGCUCACCCUAAUAUAUAUAUAUAUAUAUAUAUAUAUAUAUAUAUAUAUAUAUAUAUAUUAUAAAUCCAAGUAAUUUAUGUAAAAUAUAUUUUUACAUUAAAUAAAAUUAAUAAUCUGAGUAAUUAGUAUUGCAAUAGAGCGUUUAGCGAAGCCAAGUAUUACCGGUGUCAUUUACCUGUCCCUCCCUUACAUAUCAGGUUGUAGUAAAUCCAAACUAUCUUCUGUCAUAUCAAUGUAUGUAGUGUUAGUGAACCGUAUAUCGGUUGAUAGGAAUCCUAAUCCCUGAAAUAAGACCGGGAGUAUUUAUUUACAAAUUUAAUAACAAUACUGCGUAUUGUUGAAACAAAAAAAAAUAUUAAUAAAUAACUCCCCAGUCUAAGACCCGUCCCUAAAAACCUAGUGUCCUCUUCAUAAUAAUCUGGACCUGGAGCAUUCAGGUCCUUGCUCUGUCUUCCCAUCGCUGCGUCAAAAGACAAACUAGAUGUAAUAUAACAAGAUUUAUUGAUUAUACAUAUAUAAAUAUAAAUAUAAAUAAAUAAAUAAAUAUAUAUAUAUAUAUACGUAUAUAUAUAUAUUAUACAUAUACAUAUAUAUUAUACAAUAUUAAAAUACAAAUCAAUACGUGAAAUAUGAUUUUAAAAAACUGUAUCAUAACGGGAAAUUAAAAUUUUGUUAUUUUAAAAAUUUUAAUUUUAAUUUGGGUGGAUAUUUAUUUAUUCAAUAAAUAAUAAAUUUAAGUAUCUGACAAAUACGAGAGAUACAAGGAUUCGUUUAAAUUGAAUUAUUAAUCCGGUGAUUUGCGAGUAACCACCCGUCCCUUUAUAAUAAAUUAUUGCCCGUUAUGCCGCGGUACAAUGCGUAUAAAUUUAAAUUUAAAUGUAUUUUAAUGCUAUAGAGGUAUAAUUAUUAGUACAAUAAUAAAAAAUAUAAAUAACAUUAACACACGAAUGAUAAAAAAAAGAAAAA